AUGCCAAAAAUCGAGAUAAGUAUGUUACUUGAAGAAUUGAAUUCUGAAGAAGCUGAACUAUUUAUGAAACGAGUUACAACUAAAGUUAAUAAUGAGACUGUUACAACAACAAUGAAAUCUGCGGAAGUAUCAAGUGAUGUUGAGAAUUCAACGAAAGUCAUUUCAACAACUACCAUAAAUUCUAGUGAAAAUUCUACUACUGAACUGAUUAAAGAUGUCAAUGAUUAUGAAUCUGAAAUAUCUGUGAAUCCAGAAAUAGUAGAAGAUCCCAAGCCAAUGCUUUUAUCUGAAUUUGCAAAUCAUCUUGCAAGUGGUAUCAAAUCACCUAAUUCAAUAGCCACCACUCAACCACCAACACCAGCACCAAUGGUUCCAAUUUUUACCACUCCACCUGAUGACACUUUCCCAUAUAUGGUGUCUGCUGCAAAGGUUAGUUGUACUAAUUCUUGUCGAUCAAAUUCUAUGCACUUUUGACAAGUCUCAAGUUUUUGACACUUUUUUUCUGAACACUGAUCGAUGGUUUCUGAGAUUUCGGAACUGUCUUGGUUGAAAGUAAUUUAGAUUUUUCCGUUUGUUUUAAUUUGAUAAGAUUCAAGGAUGGGUUCGGGUUGAAAUUUGACAAAAAAAAGAAAGGGGAGGGGUAGAUAGUGUGUUCUUGAAAUCUUUUAGAUGUGGUAUUUCGAAAAACUAGAAACUUGUGAAACCUGAUAAAUGAAAUGUUCUCUUAACCUUCAUAUUAAAAAACAUUAUAAACAAGAUAUCAUCAAAAUAUUUUUUAUAUUAGGUUGAAGCUUUUUUUUUAGAAAUGCAUGUUCCCGAUAGGAAAACAUGAUCUUUAAUUAUGAAUUCUAAAUUUAAUAUUUUCCAGGAAUUCAUUCGCCGAUAUCUUUCACCAGAACAAUGGAGAAAACUUCGACUUCUUCUGAAAACCAUCAAAGAAGUUGGAGGUUCACGUAUUGAUAUUCAUCGAGCAGCAACAUUAUUCAUUUCUAAAGUAAGUAUUCUGAAUCCGUUUUAAUUAUAAUUUAAAUAUAAAACUUAUAGGUUAUUUCUCGGUCUGAAAUGGAUGAAAUUACAAAACGAAAAAGUGAAUUAUUCAACACAUUUAAUCGAAGAUAUUUCAACAGAGCAAAUUGA